AUGUCCAACUCAACCACACCAUCCUUAUCCUCUGGUGCAUCCAAUCCUCCCACUCAUAUCGCUACACCCGUCCAAGCCGAGAGGAUAUGUACCGAUCAACAUGCUCUCUACUGCUUCGAUGUGUUGGUAGCCCACUUUGAGAAUAGAGAACCUUUGGCUCCACCUUUCCCGAAUCAGAAUGAGAAGUACGCCCUGUUCGUCACUUGGAAUACCACCGUACACCUGCGGUCAAAUAAGAAACCUGCUUUGAGAGGUUGUAUAGGUAACUUUACUCCUAUGAAGCUGGCCGAUGGAUUGAGAGAGUAUGCUUUGGUCAGUGCUUUCGAGGACCAUCGAUUCUCACCUAUCAAAUCCAGUGAAUUGCCUCAUCUAUCAUGCAAUGUCUCCCUCCUCACUCCCAUGACACCCAUAUCUUCACCCUUAGAUUGGACACCAGGCGAGCACGGUAUACACAUUUCAUUCCCUCAUCCUUCAACCCACCGUCCGCUCUCUGCGACCUACCUACCUGAAAUCUGCCCCGAACAAGGAUGGACCAGGGAAGAGACCGUUUUAUCUGCGAUACAAAAGGCAGGCUAUAAGCACAAGGUUGUUGUGGGCGAUGUGGUUUGGCAGAGUCUCAAGGUGAAGAUAUAUGGUAGUGAGAAAGCCACGACGACCUGGGAAGCUUAUGUUAAUUGGUAUAAGGGGAAAGGUGGGAAAUUGAAGGUUGCCAAGAGCUAG